UGAACUAUAAAUGACAACUCAGCAAGCUGGUGACUCCACUGGAUUUCCUUACUUUGUUAAAUUAAAAUAUAUUAUGGAAGUUAUGAAGAUCGUCAUAGUUUUAGAGAUUCUGUUUGCCUCAGUUUUAUCUGCUCUGGAAGGACCAGGUGAAAUCAGAGGUUCUGUUGGAACAUCAGUUACUGCAACAUGCAAGAACAAAGACAAAAGUAUCAGUAAUAACCAUAAAUACUGGUGCAAGGGAUACUACAGCGUUUCAUGUGAUGUCCUUAUUCAGACUAACGGCUCUGAAGUGAUUGUGCACAGAGACAGAAUGUCUAUCAGCGAUAACCAGACAAUUCAAGAAUUCACUAUAACAUUACAGAAUCUCACGCUAAAUGAUACUGGAUGGUACUGGUGUGGAGUCAGCAAACCUCACAGAUUGGAUGUUAUGCAUAGUAUUAAACUAAGUAUAACUGAAGCUCCACCAGUUACUGUACCGCCCAGCACAGACAGUUCUAUAGCACUACAGACAACAUAUGGAAACUUAGAGACUAGUACCUUUCAGAGUGAUUAUGGUUCAUCAACAAGCAAUCUAUGUGUUGUUACAAGUCCACCGAAGUUCACCAAUCUGCCGAUUUUAGCCCCGGUGGCAGUUCUUCUUUUCCUGCUACUACUUGUUGCUGUCAUCACUACACGAAAGCUGCAGAGAAGAAGUAAGUUAUGUAAGUCAUGA